AUGACUCCUGCUAUUUUCCUCGUGGCUCUUGUGUCAACUGCUUUGGCGGCGACGACAAACACCGGCCUGCAGACUACCUUUCCGUCCCCAUCUGGAACGACGAACCUUGCCGCUGUCAAGACUGUUGCAGCUGGAGCAAGCUUCGACGGAGGCAUGAAGCAAUGGGACCGCAACCCAUCAACCUGCAACGAACAAGCUGAGGGCGGCGACUCGGACGCCGUAUUCCUCCUCCAAGAAGGCGCUGUGUUGUCCAACGCCAUCAUCGGACCCAACAACGGCGAGGGCGUUCACUGUCUCGGCGCGUGCACGCUGAACAACAUAUGGUGGACAGACGUGUGCGAGGACGCAGCGACAUUCAAGCAGAAAUCCGGGACGUCGUACGUCAACGGUGGCGGCGCGCGCAACGCAGAAGACAAAGUCCUGCAGCACAACGGUGGUGGAACGGUUGCCGUCAAGAACUUUUACGUGCGUAUCUCCUCCCUCAUCGCGCUGCUUCUCGUAGAACUAACACCCUCUGGUCAGGCCACGAACGUCGGCAAAGUGUACCGUAGCUGCGGCAACUGUGGCACACAAUAUGCACGCAAAUCAACAUUCUCCAACGUCAAGGUGUCAGGAGCAGAUGUCAUCGCCGGCAUCAACGGGAACGAGGGCGACACAACAAGCAUUUCGAAUUCGUGUGUGCUGAGCUCUGCGCUUUGCUGGCUAUACAAGGGUAACGACAGUGGUGCUGAGCCGAGUAAGACAGCGAGUGCGCCGGAUGGUAAGACAUGUCAGACGAGUGCGGUGAAGACCUCUGGAUGUUAG